AUGGCCAGUGAAAGUGCUGAAUUACCGGUUGCCCCGGAGGUAACUACGUCACCGGUGGUUGAAAAAAGAAGGUACUCUAUGGGAAAGGCUGGCUCUGGAAAAAGCAAUGAAAAAGUUGUUCCGCAUUAUCUCAGAGCUUCCACCAGUUCGUGUCAUGAUAUUUGUAAAUAUGGGGGGAACCAUUCGUUUAAUCCGAAGGAAAGACGUUCGAUACCUAACAGAGCCACGAGAAAACAACUUUACCAGAGUUCAGAAGCGAGCAUUGGUGUGAUAGUUGCUAAGCCCAAACUUUCGGUUGAUUCUAAGCCAACAAAGAUGUCAACGGUCGUACUCAAAGAAGCGGUCGACUCCGAGGCUUGCACGUCUGAUGCUUUAGAUGCCAAAAACAGGAAGAAAACAUCAUUUGUUGAGGACAAACCAUCGCUUUUAUUGAAGUCUCAUACUUCUCCAUCAAGAAGUCAAGAAAUUUCAUCAUCAAUGGAUAAGGAGAUGCAAUCACAAUCAAAGUCUGCGUCUAGGAAGGUUGAAACUCCAUCAAAAUCAACUUCGAAGACGGUGAAAACUCCUUCAAAAUCAACUCCUAAGAAGGUUGAAAGUAUAUCGAAACCAACUUCUGAUGUCAAAACGUCGUCAAAAUCAAUUGCUGAUUUGGUGGAAGCUCUGCCAAAAUCAAUUCUGAAAAAGAUAGGAAAUUCAUCAAAUUCAUCUGCUAGUCCGGGGGAAGCUGUGCCAAAAUCUAUCAUCAAAAAGGUGGAAAAUCCUUCAAAAUCAACCUCCAAAGUCAAAAUUUCAUCAAUUGACGGAACUUCAUUGCAGUUACCUUCUUCAAUUGGUACAGAAAUGAAGUUGUUUACAAAGCCUUCAUCAUCUUUGAAUUCAAUUCGUGUCGCAAGAAACAAAGCAUCAUCCUCUAUGAAUUCCUUUGAAGGCGUUAGCGGUAAAACAAAUAACAAGAUCAAGAUGGAAAAGAAAGUAGCUUCCUUCAAAGCAUCUCCAAGAAAACUGAUAGUACCUAUUAAAGCCUUGUCAUCUCCAAGAAAACUGAUAGUACCUAUUAAAGCCUUGUCAUCUCCUAGAGCCUCCAAAAAGCACAAGAACCUGAAAAUUGUGUCUCCUCUAAAGAAUCAGAAGGCUGCGAAAAAACUAGAACUUGAGGAGCACGAGAAUCUAAGGAAUCAGGAGACUUUGAAAAAAGUCGAACUUGAGGAAAGCAAAAUCCAUGAGAUAAAGGAGAAGACUUUGUAUGUCAUAGAGAUGGAAACUGAAAACAAAACCUUGCAAUCUAAUCAAAACGCAAGCUACUUUGAUGAAUCGUACCUCCCUCAAUUGUCAACACCCGAGUCUUCAUCAACCUCAGUUACUCAAUCCGUAUCCGAAGAAAACCAAGAGGAAUAUGAAUACACAACUAGUGAAUACGAGCUGGACUCUUUAUCAGGAAACUCUGAAAUCGAAUGCAUUGUAAACAAUGAGACUUCAAUGGUCGAGAAGACAGGCAAGCUGAGGAAGGUUAAGGAAGUAGAAGACAAGGAUUCCGAAAUGAUGAAAUUAAAGUUCAGAAGAGGGAAAGUGGUUGAUGAUCAAAGCGAGAAAAAUACUCCGAGAAAGCUUAAGUUUCGGAGAGCGAAAACAUUGGCAGAGAAAGCAAAUUUUAAAGAGAAAGUUGUUCUGAGACACCAAGGUUUUGAGGACAAGAAAGAUGCACAAGGAUUGUUUAACAAUGUGAUCAAGGAAACCGCGAGCAAACUUGUGGAAGCUAGGAAGAGUAAGGUUAAAGCAUUGGUUGGUGCAUUUGAAACUGUUAUUUCUCUUCAAGAGAAAUAA